CUAUUAUUGUGUACAGACUGCCAUGGACCUGGAAGUGCAGCAAACUCCUAAUGAAGUUCAUACAUGCUGGAUUAAAUACCAUAGCUAUGAUUCUUGCAAUUGUUUCUAUGGUAGCCGUGUUUGAAUUCCACAAUGCCAAGAACAUUCCUAACAUGUACAGUCUGCACAGCUGGAUUGGGCUGACUGCUGUUAUAUUUUAUUGUCUCCAGCUUUUCUUGGGUUUCGCUGUCUUCCUGCUCCCUUUUGCUCCUGUGCAUCUCCGAGCAGUUCUCAUGCCAAUCCAUGUUUAUUCGGGUUUGACCAUCUUUGCAACAGUGAUUGCAACAGCUCUCAUGGGAAUCACAGAAAAGCUUAUAUUUUCAUUGAAAAGUCCUGCAUACAGUGCAUCCCCACCAGAAGCAACUUUUGUCAACUGUCUUGGUCUUUUGCUUGUCAUAUUUGGUUCACUCAUUUUGUGGAUGGCAAGCAGGCCCCACUGGAAGCGACCCCCCGAAGAGAACGCUAAAGUUCUGCGGCCCAUUGGAGAGACUCCUGAAGGCACAGAAGUGGAAUCCACAAUGACAAACAGCAGUAACGUGGAUAAACCUGAUCUGAGGAUCAAUUCCGAAGCAGCCAGAAAACAAAACCUCAAAUUUGAUGAAGCAGGCCAAAGAUCAACCAUGUAAAGAAAAUACACAGAAUAAAAUUACUAUUAUACUGCC